AUGAAGACUGUAUACCUUAUUUUGCUUUUUCAUGGUGAGUCAUUUUCUAUUUUUUUUUUUAUUUAUUAUGAAACUUUUCAAAGAUAUAUGUUUUAAUUUAGUCAGAAAAUAAAGUGAAGUAUAAAUUAUAAUGAAGCAUAAAUUCAUUUUCAUAGGACAGAUUUUUCUCAUAAAUAUCCUUUUAACCACUGUGAUUCUUAAAAAAAUAAAAGUAACUAAACAGCAAACCUAAUUGGAGCUUAAAGAUGAAAGGAUAAGAACGUUUGUUUUUUACCUAAUUUGAAUGCAGAAAAUCUGUUUAGCUGAGUCAACGUCUGCGUAGAUAUCCUGAAGCUCUGAACCUUCAUGUUACCUAAUAUAAGUAUUGUUACUUCAUAUUUGAAACGUGUUGUUUAGUCAACAUGCUAAAAAAUGCAUUUUUCAUACACAGAACUUUCUCAGGCAUGAAAAUAAAAUCAAAAUGAAAUUUCAAUCCUUUGAUACUGCUCACAUUUUACCAUCCACAGCGCAGUCAGGGUCUGUUAGGACUGUGAAUCCCUUCUCUAACAAGCAUCUAGACCAAGUUUAGCAAACAUGGAACUACAAAUCUAUUUGAAUUGUACAAUAUAAAAAGGCUUAUCUAAGUAAAAAUGUAUGGGCGGGUGGGUCGGUGGGUUGUUACACAAAAGAGGAUUCUACCAAGGUAGGACAGGAUGCCAAAAUAAACUAGUGAGAGCACAGUCAAAUUCUAUGUAGGUGACCCUGAACUUAAAAAAUUACAUACAUGUCUCACAAGAAGAAUAUAAAAUCUAUACUUUUAGGCAAGAUUUGACUGGGAACAGCCUGAAUGUACAACACUUUGUAGCUCCUGUACAAAAGAUUUGCAACAGGUUCACCACGCUGUGAGAGACUGCAGGUGCAAGUCGUUCAACAGUGUCAGAAUUAUGUCACUUAGAAUCUUUAGCUCUGAUGAUGAGAUGCUCAAAUCAUUUGUGAUUUUACUCUGAGAAUCUAAGAGAUUAGACCAAAAGCCUAUCAUGGAUAGCUGCUGUCUUCAGGCUCUCAGGCAGCACUGCACUAAAUGCUGCCGUGACAAUCACUACAUGGACUCCAAAAUCACACCCAGAAACCAUUGUGUUUGGACACAUUUUAUUGCUGCAUGCACAAAUACAGAAAUGAAACUAAAUAUGAACAUGAUCGAGGAACACAAGCGAAUUCUCUCAGUCAGAGACCAUUUAGGAUGGACUCAGAUCAAGAGGAAAACUGUCCUGUGGUCUGAGGAAUCGGAGUAUGACAUCCUGUUUAAAAACCAUGGACAUGUGCCGUCUACUCAUGAAGUGAGACGAGCAGCUGCCCACGGGUCAAAAGCCAACAUCUCGUAAUGGUAUGGGCAUGCUCAUACACAUCUGGAUAGACUUCAGUGCUGAACAAUAUACGGAGCAACAUCUGGGGCCGUCCAGGAAAUCACUUUUUCAGGAAAGACCUUUUUUAUUUUAGUGAGACAACGCCAAAACACGUUCAGCUCAUAUUCCAACACUGUGGCUCUGUAGUAGAAGAGUCCAGAUAGAUAGAUAGAUGGAUGAAUGGAUGGAUGGAUGGAUAGAUAGAUACUUUAUGAAUCCAAUCGGGAAAUUCAAAGGUACCCCUGAUGUUUUACAUAUUUCUUUCAUUCUCUCUUUUAGCAAGUCUGCAACUCCAGUGUGACAAAAAGCAGAUCACAGCUCCUGUUGGAGGUGAAUUCAUCCUCAUUUGUACAUAUGAAACAAACCAUUACUUGUACAGUAAAAAGUACUGGUGCCGAGGGGGGUCCAGAGACACCUGUGAGAUUCUGGUGGAUUCAGAAGGACGAGCUAACACCAAGAGCACUCACCGGUCUCUCGUUGUGGAUGCACGACAAAGAGGGCUGUUUGUGAAAGUCACAAAGCUUCAGUUUGACGACGCUGGAGUGUACUGGGUUGGGAUCGACAAAAUUUAUACAGACAUCAUGACUUCAGUCAAAGUGGUUGUCACUCAAGGUCAGCUUGAAUACGGGCAGUAUUAACGUUUAUAGACUGCAUCCCUCAAAAGUUCCCAGCUGGAUGAGUUCUUAUAACUUUGGUUUUCGUUUCAGUUCCAGUAUCUACACCCAGACUUUGGCCUCUGAGCUCUCUGGUGAACAGAUCUACAUGUUGGGGGGAGCCAAUCACAGUACGCUGCAAUUGUGCAAAAGGCACCGCCAUCCAUUAUAAGUGGUAUCACAAGCGUGCAGUGAUUCACAACUCACCUGACCUACAGCUGCAGUGUGGCAAAACAGUGAGAAACAUCACCACGGAUUUUUACUGUGUCGCUAAUAAUGACAUCAGCAGCCAAAGGAGUGGUGUCCUCUCUGUGCAGGUGUUUCUGCCUGCAGACAGCGACUGCAUCUAUGUCGUUAACAUCCAGGGUAAGAACAGAAGUCUUAGUGAAACCCAAUGCAGAAAUGGGGUCCACUGAUGGGGUCUGAUUCAAGGCUGUUGGGAAACUUUUAUUGCACCCAAUCAACGUCCAUGAAUUGUCUUUCUUUUGAUUCAUCAGGCCAACCUGUUUAUGACUGUGCUGACAGAAUGACCACCACAACUCAACCCACAACUCAACCCACAACUCCUUUCACCUGCCAGGCCACAGUGACUGUCCACAGUGGAGCCGCAAACACAUCUGGACCUUUCAAUGAGACUGACCAGUUUGUCAGCAGGUAGAAAACAACCGUUUCACAUUUUCAAGGCAAGGAAAUGCCUUCAUUGUUAAUAAAAUGUUUGUUUUUUUAGGUCCUGGAUGGGUAAUCCAUUGUGUUAUACAUUCCUGCGUUGGAUUUGUUUCGCAGCCUUGCUCAUAUUCCUGUGCAUAUUUCACAUAUGUGCAAGAACAAAACCAAAACGUGCCAAAAGAAGAUGCAGACACUUGGCUCAGAGACCUUCGCACCGCGGCUUUUAA